GUCAUCACUAGUUGGCUGAGUGACAGAUAAAUGCAUUUGUUUGAUGUUUACAUCUUAGACUUUUUUUUAUAUCUGCAGCUGAAUGACUUGCCAUCCUGCUUGAGUUUACAUUUGUGUAUUUUUCCCCCCUCUCGCUGGAAUUUUCCUUUGUACACGCCACUGACAAAAGCUCAGGUGAUUUCCGCAUGAGUGACUUUGGGAGGAGGGUGGUCAAAGUUCCAAGGUCCAAAGUCAACAAACAGCCACAGUCUUAAGAUGAAGGACCCUAUCAGCACCUGCUCUUAUAACCAACUCUAUCAAAAUGUGAAACAAUUUUCAAAAACUGGAGAGUACUUCUGCAAAGAACUCAUGGCAAUUUUUCAGCAAAGGGCUGAGAUGGAACUAACUUAUUCCAAAGGACUGCAAAAACUUGCUGGCAAACUUAUCAGGGCCUCAAAGGGAAUGUCAAACAAUUCCACCUACAGUGCUUGGUGUCAUGUGUCAGAUGAGAUGUACUCGAGAGCAGAUGCCCACAGAUCAUUAGGAAAUGCAUUUCAGCAAGAAGCAAUUCUGGAAAUACGACAAGUUUUAGACGAGCAUACUAAGAGGAAGAGGCCUCUUGACAGUGCCAUCGAAAGAACUGGGAAACUUGUUACUGCUAAUUGGAGUGAGCAACUCAAGAUAAAGAAGAAAUUGCAUGGACUAACAAGAGAGCAUGAAGCUUUGUUCAACUUCGUUGACAACAACAGACAGAUUUGCACAGAAAAAGAAAAACAAAAGAUGCUGAACAGGCUGACAAAGUCUGCAGAGGUGCAGGCGCGGGUGGAUGAGGAGUACUUUAAUGUCAACAUGGAGGGUCAUCAGAUGAGACUCAAGUGGGAAAAUACACUGAAAAACUGCUACCAGAUCAUACAGGAGCUUGAGAAACAGCGAAUUGAAGUUCUGUGCAACAUUUUGCGUAGAUACAACCUUCACAUGUCCAGCUUUGGGCAGACCCUCAAACAUGGCCAAAGCCAAAUAGAACAGACAGUCCAAAGGGUGGACAUGGAUAAAGACAUACACCUGGUGGAGGAAAACAGCAUCACAGCUGUAGAUCACAGAGCAGAGUUUUUGAUGGCUGAUUAUUUUGAGGAGGACAUAAAAUCACUGAUGGCCAAAGACAGAAGAAAAGAGGCCAUCAAACUCAAACUCCAGCGUCUGGAGGACAGUAUUACAAAAACAAAGAAAGACCGUGAAGGAAUUGAAAAACUAAUGCGAACAUAUUCUGAAAAUCCAUCUUUUUCAAACCAAAAGAAUCUCGAGGAAACUGAACAACAGAUUGAUGAGAGUUCUCUCAAAUUGGAUCUCCUUGAGGCUACUCGCUACAAACUCUCUUCAUCACUGUCUGAAAUAGAGGGGAAAACCAAGUCCUUUCACCGAUUCAGUGACAGCAUUGUGAAAUGGAAAGAUAAGGACUGCGAGCACAGCGUUGUUCAACUAACUCGCCCAGUCAAACUCAGGAGGACCCCUUUCAGAUCCCGACAAUCACUGAGAGCUUCCAUCAUUUACAAAGGACCUGCUCAGUUUGUGACACAGCAGUCUGUGGAGACUUUACCAAGGGCCACUGACCAAGUCUCUUCCACCGCUGCAACACAUGCAACUGCAGAGUGUGGCAGCGCCCUUAAUGGAGCUCUGCCCCACACUGAUGAUGACAAAGGACAAGGUCAAAUAACACGGGAGCUGUGCUGUAUAGGAAAAUGUAAGGUCCUGUACAAUUUCACACCUCAACAGGAUGAUGAAUUGACUUUGAAAGAAGGAGAUCUUCUUGACAUUUUUGGAAAGGAAGAGAAUGGUUGGUGGAUGGGCAAACUUGAAGGGAAAACUGGCUAUUUUCCAUCCACCUAUGUUGAGGAGCUGCCUGUGUUAAGCAGCGUCAAGUCAUCUGAUGCUUGACUGACUUGACUUAUCAGCAACAAAAAUACAAAACUCACCCUGAAUCAAAGAGAUUCACUUCUGCAGUGGCAAAAGUUAAAAAGGCAACAUCUGGAAGCCUUAUUCCAAAUAAAACUA